CUCCUAUAAAAAUCCCCCCCUUCAUCCACAGACCAAAGCAACGCGAAACCCAGAUCACCAUCGACCACAAAUUCACAACCCUCCGGAGGCAAUGGCGUCCGUGACGACGACGGCGGUGGCGGCGGAGCGGGAGGGCGCGGAGGUGGUGACCGGAGCGGAGGAGUGCUUCCGGCAGUCGGUGGAGCUGAUGAGGGCGCUGGGCUUCCCGGAGGGGAUGAUGCCGCUGCGGGAGCUGGAGGAGUGCGGGCUGGUGCGGGAGACCGGGUUCGUGUGGAUGAAGCAGAAGGCUCCGUACGAGCACUACUUCCGGGGCACCGGCACGCGGGUGAGGUACGACGCCGAGGUGACGGCGUUCGUGGAGGAGGGGAGGAUGCGGCGGAUGACCGGCGUCAGGAGCAAGCAGCUCAUGCUCUGGGUCCCCAUCGUCGAGAUGAGCCUCGACGGCGCCGACCGGGUCUACUUCAAGUCCAACGUCGGCAUCGGCCGCUCCUUCCCGGCCUCCGCCUUCGCCGACGAGACCGCCGCCGCCGCCGCCUUCCUCAGCGAAGCCGCCGCCGCCGCCAAAGCGUCCGACGAGAAAGAUGCCGCCGCCGCUGCAGCCACCGCCGCCGUCGCGGCCAACGAGUGACGGACGCGACCGAUCAUGGUAGUGAUCCGGCCGUCGUGAGCUAGCCCGUGGUGGUCGAUCGAGUUGUUGCGCAAGACGGCACGGCAUGGGUGGCUACGUACGUGUAUGCAUCUUUUACGUUCCCAUUUUUAUUAUCUGAAAAAAAAUGUAUCUUUUUUUGUUUCGUUCUGGUUUUGGUCGGUGAUCGUAUCUGCAUAUGCAGUCAUGAUUCCUGCAAGAAUAAAAUCGAGCAAAAUGUUGCGGAAGAGA